AAUAUGAUCACGGAUGUGACCGAUGAAUUGGAUCAAAGUGAUAGCGGAAUGGAAUCUCUAAUUGCCAGUAAAGAUGAUACGCCUGAACGUAGACCUGAAGAGUCCUUUAUUACCCCUUCGCUUGGAUCUUCACCUACAGCAGGUCCACUCAAGGAAUAUGAUGAUGAACCAGAUGAAACACUCUCGGAAAGAUUAUGGGGUCUGACAGAGAUGUUUCCAGUUUGUGUCCGGAAUGGAACUUACACAGUCACCACCAAAACAUGGACUGGCAUGAAAUCUUUAUAUGGUUUGUCACGCUCAGUCAUGUGGGUAGUGGCCAGUUCAUCAGUCAUUCUUUUUGCACCUGUUAUAUUUGAAGUGGAGCGAGCACAAGUGGAAGAAAUGCAGAAAUCACAACAAAAACAGGUAUUAUUGGGAACCAAUGCUGCUCUGUCUGGACCUAUGCCGAGUAUGCCACCAAUGCCACGAUAAGCCAAAAAUACUUAUGAUUACAGGCUGUAGGACUCGAGCGUCAUCCUGAAUGCUUUAAUAUUAGUUUGUUAGUUUAAUUAAAUAGGUACUUUUAUUGUAAUAUUAUUGAGGAUUAUUUUUUCCUGUUAAAAAAAAGCAAAUUUUAGAAAGUAUAUCCAAUAUUAAUAGUGUUUAAUGGCAUUUAUUGUAUAAUAUGAAAUCACUUCACUUUUAAACAACAUUGCUAUCUGUAAACUUCUGACAGUUUGUAUGGUAUGUAUGUAUGUAUAGUAUCAAUUUCUGUUUUAUUUCAUGUAUAUUAUAAAGUGAAAGAUUGAUAAGAUUUAGUCACAUUAUUAGUUAAUAAAGGUACUGUU